AAUUAUUAGUUUGACGUUAGCCUUCCUACGUUGCGGUAUUGUCGUUCAGUUUGGUGAAGUAACGUUCACAUUAUCAAUGUUUAUAAACACAAAUCGUAAAGAUAUCACAAUUAACAAGUUUAUUUAUGAAUAAAAUCGAAAACUUUUGUGUUUUUCAAUCUUUGUUAGUGUGUUUUCCUUCUUUUUCUCUUGGAUUUGUACGUUUUAUUCGAGUGUGUAAUCUUGUAUCGGCGAGAAGUCAGCAUCGUUGAUUUUGUUGGACGGUGGUUGAAAAUGUGAUACAAAUACAGUGGUGAAUGGUAUGGACCGAUGAAGCAGACCCGUUUGUGAUACAUUAAGAGUAUUAUAUGAACUUAUAAAAUCUAAUAACAUGCGGUGGUUUUUAAUUAUACUUCUUUUGCCAUAUUCCUUGGCCCAUCUCAAUGUUUAUCUCAGCAGUUCAGAAGUAUGGAGAUUGUUUGGUCUAACGGCAGAGCUGUAUUACGUGCGAGAUGGUCUAAUAAACUUCUACGCACUCAACUUCGUGGUACCAGUACCAGCGACCAUCGAAGAGUUGCAUUUCACUUGGCAAAGUCUCGCCAGAAGACCUUUACCAUACAAAAUAGAUGUGCAAGUGAUGUCGAACUCCGAAGCAAUGGACAUACCCGCAGUGCGGCCUAAUAUAUCAACAGAGGGCACUGUACCCACAGAACCCACUACGUGGAAAGUAGAUUUGCCCUGUACACGCACUGUAGCCGCUGAAGUAGAAAUCAACAUAAUGCUCAACGUAUCCACUGGUUCCUCUUCCACCACCUUGCAUUUUCGUCGACGAAAGAUAUGUCUGAAAGAACCGCGUAGACCUGCUGUUAGAGUCGACAGCAUUUCUCAUGCGUCUACAUCAGCGGAUAUAUUUUAUGCUGGAGCUGGUUGUGCUGGGGGUGCGAUUUUAAUAGCUGCAGUCGCUGCAGUGGCUUGUAGAGCUCGAGCGAGGAAAUUGCGAAGAGCGCGUAGCGAUGAACAAGAUGCUCAUGCAUUUUUACCAGAUUCAUCAUGCAAAUCUGCUGCCAGUUAUACCAGUUACCGUCGUCCUACUUCUCUACCGGCUGCAGCAGCGGCAGAGGAGAGAGCCAGAGAUCUUCAACAAAGAAUAGCUGAGCUGACAAUACAAAGAUGCCGGGUUCGACUGCGGUCAGUAGCGAUGGAAGGAACUUUUGGUCGUGUGUAUAAAGGGACGUACGCUGACGAAGAUGGGAGGGAACAAGAGGUGCUUGUUAAGACUGUUGCUGAACAUGCUUCACAAGUGCAGGUUUCAUUACUUCUCCAAGAAGGGUGCAUGUUGUAUGGAUUGCACCAUGAACGGGUUUUGUCCGUACUGGGUGUUAGUAUCGAAGAUCAAACGGCUCCAUUCUUACUUUAUCCCUGGAACAAUGGUUGGAAAAAUUUAAAACAGUUUCUUCUGUCGUGCCGAGGCGUUACAGUAGGGGGCGCUACUGCUGGUGCACCGCCUCCACCUCCGUUGACGACUCAGCAUGUAGUUCGGAUGGCACUUCAUGCUUUGGAUGGCUUGUCAUAUCUACAUUCUCAACACGUUUUGCACAAAGACAUCGCUGCAAGAAAUUGCAUUGUGGACGAAAAUCUCCGAGUGAUGAUCGCCGACAACGCCUUAUCCCGGGAUCUAUUCCCUGCUGAUUAUCAUUGCUUAGGCGACAAUGAAAACAGACCUAUAAAAUGGCUAGCCUUGGAGUCCCUGAGUAAACGGCAGUUCAGUCCAGCAGCGGACGUAUGGGCUCUAGGCGUGUUGUUAUGGGAGCUGACUACUUUGGCUCACCAGCCAUACGCAGAGGUGGAUCCUUUCGAAGUGGCCGCUUAUUUGAGAGAUGGAUAUCGGUUGCAACAACCUGCUAAUUGUCCUGAUGAGUUAUUUGCUGUGAUGGCGUACUGCUGGGCGAUGUCACCUGACGAUCGGCCCACGUUACCACAACUACAAAUCUUCCUUAGAGACUUCCACACACAAUUAACCAGAUUCGUCUAAUAGAAAUCAUUCCCUAUCGACUAUAUUAAAAAGACAUCCCAAAGACGACAAUAAUUAUAGUGAAUAAAGCGGACUUAUAAACUGUGCGAUAAAUAUAAAAGAGGCCUUAUUAAUAACGGCGCAAGACUCGUAUUUCGUUAUAAAGUGAUUGUGAACGUUUGCCGAUUUCAAAAAGGUAAUCAUCGAAGAGACUGAUUUUUAUAAGUGUUUAUUGAUUUGUAAAUUAUUUUAUGUUUUAUUUUAAUGCAGUCGACACAUUUUCUAGUAUCUCGUCGGCAGCAGUCGUUACCUACAACAGAAAUGUUGUUGUGAUUGAAUAUAAUUUUCUUCUAAGACAUUUACUUUGCCAUACAUAAUUAUCAUUGAAUAAUGUUUAAUUGUAUAUACUUGAGUGUUUGUUUUAAAUAAUUAACUUCACAGAUUCUAAAACGAAAAUGUAGCCUUGUUUUCUAUUUCAACAAUUUUACAAGUUACUUUAUAUUGUACUGUUUACAAAAUUUUUCUUCAUUAUAAUUUAGUUGAUAGUGCAGUAACGUAACUUGGUUCUGUUAGCUUCUGAAUCGAACCAAUGAUCUCAUUACAUUUAUCAACGCGUUUAAUGCUACAAGUUAUAGCAAUGAGAUUGAAUCAAUUAACGCAUUUAUCAGUAGACCAAUUAAUAUACAAAGACACUCGUAAACAAAUGUAUAUAAUACAUUUAUGUAUAAGGCUACUUAUCACCAUUUAAUUUAUUACAGAGACUCGGGUUUUUAUACUAUUUUUACACUAGUUAUAACGAUGGGUGUGAAAACACGUAUGGUGAUCUAGUGUUAUUUCAAAUUAUACUCUAUUUCUAUAGCUAUAUAGAUUAUAAUUGAUCAAAAACAACAUUUGUGUUUGUUGCAUAUGAUUCACACGACGUAUCAGAAUAUAUGUCAACUGCAUAGAGUAUUUGUAAUUAUCGUUUGAAACCUCAGUACUGCCAUAUUAGACGUAAGAGAUUAAUGUAUAUAAUAUAAUAGGUAUAUCUAUGUGAUGUAUUGUAUGAUAUACGUAUAUUGAAUGUGCCUCAGAUUUUAUGAAAGAAUUAGAUGUUUAUAUAAAUGUUUAAUUGGAAUUAAAAUUAUUGAUUAGACUGGUUUUAGCAUCGAUUUAUUCGUUUAAUACAAUUGACAUAUUAGGCAGUAUAGACAAUAUGCCUCUGCUUUAUACAUUGAAUAAAAAAUAAAUCCUAAGCAUUGUGAUUAUUGAUCGUUUAGUAGACAUUUAAGUAGUUAUUUAUAAAUGAUUCACGUUGUUUGACUUUGUACUGCUUACGUUAUUAAUAUUGCAUGACAUCGGCAAUGUCAUCUUGAGAUAAAGCAUAACUAAUGCAAAUCUGAUGAGCUUAAGCAUUCUCAACUACUACGUAAAUGUUUUCAGUACUUUUAUCAAACUUAAAGUAACGUAGUGCAUUAAUUCAACUGAUUUUUUUUUGUGUAUGUUACUCGAUUGAUUUUGCCAUUUGUGAAUACAUUUUGUUGACUUUUUUUUUUAAUCGAAAGGGUUUAUUGUCGUGUUGGCCCCUACUAAUUUGAUUAGAAUUGAUUUUACUACAAUAUUACUAAAUUGUCGGUUUGAUUUUUAGUCACAAUACUUCUUAUAUAAUGGUUAUUAUGCAAACUUAUACAUCUCUCUCUAAUAUCAGCAUGGUAAAAUUAUAGUCUAAAGAAGUUUUUCUUACCACUCUGAGGAAUAAUUCUGUACAGAACAAUGUCCCGAAAUGUUAUUUAAUAAUUGUGUUCAGAUAUGCCAGAGGUAUUAGAUCACUGAUUUCUUCUGACACUGUGGUGAAACUACUGUAAUUACAAGAUUUCCGAACGCCAUUCCUUCUUAGAAUUUUUCUUCUUAUUAGAGUGGAAGUUAUAUGUGCCUACACCCUUUUAACCUUGACCGAGUAAUGUUCGAGCCGGCAACAGUAACUUUUUUGUUGCUACAUAUUUAAAAAUAGAACUAUUAAUAACAUGUUUACGUGUGAAAUAACACUUUUAGAAAUACUGAUGAAAAAUAUCGAUGGAAGAAUUUGAGAUAACGUUCUUAGACUGCAAUAAUGUACUUUUUUGCAAUAAAUUUAUAAAAAGAAAUUAAGUUCUAAUUAAAAAUUCGUUAAUUAAAUUAUGCGCAAUGUGUAAAAUAGAUAUUGAAAUAUAAUCCCAAUGACAACAGAAUAUUUUUUUUCUUUUAUGUGUUUUGUUGGAUUAGCAUUUUUUUUAAAACGAUAGAAUACUGAAUGUAUUUUUUUUUGCCACACCUAAGAGGCAUUUAGGGCAAUUAUUGUAAUGUUUGUACAUUUGUAAAUAAUAUGACUCAAAAAUGUGAAUACAUGAGUGAUUAUACCCAUA